CUUGCAAACAUUCCUUCUUCAGCCAUUACAGCUGUUUGCAGAUCCUGAAACGGAAAUUACUUCUACGGUGUGCUGAUGUAUCGUGUUUUCCUGCACGACUACUGAUGAAAGGUUUCAUCAGUUGCUUUCUGGAGUUUCUAAAUCACAGUUAUCUUCAACCUUCAGAGUUAAUCAUUGCUUUAUAUAAUCGGCGCCGGCGAACAUCACAGGCAGCUUUCACUUUAUAAAGCAAACCUACAUCGGUACGAUUGCCCUUUGCUUCAUUUUGACCCGCUGAAUUCAACUUUUCUGCAGCGACUGUCGACGAGCAGAAGAUGAACCAAGGUAGCGGAACCCGCAGCGGGAAGACUUUCCUGUUCACGUCGGAGUCUGUUGGAGAAGGACACUCCGAUAAAAUGUGUGAUCAGAUUAGUGAUGCUGUGCUCGAUGCGUACCUAAGUCAAGACCCUGACUCUAAAGUGGCCUGUGAAUGUGUGGCAAAGACUGGCAUGAUUUUACUAGUUGGAGAAGUAACAUCCAAAGCCACGGUAGACCUCCAGACAGUCGUGCGAAACACCGUUAAGAAGAUUGGCUAUGAUGACUCCUCAAAAGGCUUUGACUACAAGACCUGCAAUGUACUAGUGGCUCUGGAGCCGCAGUGUGCGGAGAUCUCAGACUGUGUGUUCGAAGGCAGGGAUCAGGAGGAUAUUGGUGCAGGGGACCAGGGCUUGAUGUUUGGCUAUGCCACGGAUGAGACUGAGGAGUGCAUGCCGUUGACCCUGCUUCUGGCUCAUAAACUAAACUACAGGAUGAAGGAGCUGUCGCGGAAUGGAGACUGUCCUUGGAUACAGCCAGACUCCAAAUCACAGGUCACCGUGGAGUAUCGAGACAACAUGGGAGCCAUGGAGCCCCUGCGUGUCCACACUGUGGUGAUCUCAGUACAGCACAGUCCUGACAUCACCCUGGAGGAGAUCAGAUGCAACCUAAUGGAGAAGGUGGUGAAGGCUGUCAUUCCUGCCAAGUACCUGGAUGAUAACACCAUCUACCAUCUGCUGCCGAGUGGGAAAUUCCUUUUUGGGGGUCCACAGGGAGAUGCGGGACUCACAGGACGUAAAAUCAUAGUGGAUACCUACGGAGGAUGGGGUGGGCACGGAGGAGGGGCUUUCUCUGGAAAGGACUAUUCCAAAGUAGAUCGGUCUGGAGCUUAUGCAGCACGUUGGGUAGCCAAGUCACUUGUCAAGGCUGGACUGUGCAGGCGAGCUCUCGUUCAGAUCUCCUAUGCUAUUGGUGUGAGCCAUCCACUCUCCAUCUCAGUGUUUCACUACGGCACAUCUAACAGAGACGAAGACGAGCUGCUGCAGAUCGUACAGAAGAACUUUGAUCUGAGGCCUGGAGUGAUUGUGAAAGAGCUGGGACUGAAGAAGCCAAUUUACCAGGCCACUGCCUGCUACGGUCAUUUUGGCAGGAAGGAGUUCCCUUGGGAAAAGCCGAAGACUCUGGUGUUUUGAGUUUAGUGUUGAGUGUUUUCUAGUUGUGUCCUAGUAAAGUCCGCUUAGUGUCACAUAAUCAAUAAUGUCUAAAUUCACCUGUUUAAAUGUCUUCUCUCUGUUUAAGUGUCUCCUCAUUUCUGGCUUCAAACUGCAAAAGCCGUGGCCACCACCUUUUAUAACAAAGAUUAAUUACUAUUUUUUUAAUUAGAAAAAAGCAACACAUUGAUGUAUUGUUGUAUGAUGGUUACUGUAAAACAUCUGAAGAUAAGUGUCACUUUUAUACACACUGUCAAAAUUCAGAAUCUAUAUCUGUACUAUACAUUUAUUGAUUAAAAGGCUGCAAUAAAAA